AUCCCCCCGCAAAAAAAGAACUGUAAUUCUUUCCAUUCAUUUUCCAAAUUUUUUAAAAAAAUUUUGCUUAGUGCUCAAUUAAUGCUUUGUCUAUGAAACCAGGUUGAAGUUUGAAACUAUUGCCUAAAAAGAAUCAGAGAAGUGAGGAAUCCAUUCCCUAAGUUAGUUUACGAAAUGACAUUUUGUAUAAUCCUCAGAAUUACUUUUCUCAUACUUAUCUACCUUACUUUUUUCACUUGGAUUCUAAUUUUGUAGGCGCCUUCUGUGAACCAUGCUUGAGAGACAUUGUACAGAGAAACCUGGGCUGACCCGGGUUCCUGUUGCAUGGUUGCUUUAGCAGUGAAUUUGAAUGUAACAUAAAGGUCCCUAUGUGAUAUAUGCGUGUGGAUGGUGAAUAAGUGUUUCAUGACUGAGACAUGAAGGAAACAUUCUGAAACCUCAGCCUCAUAUGGGCUGUGUCUGAGGAGAGAUGAGAUGUUCCAUGUUGUGAAUUUCAUGCUUCUUCCUGGAAACACGUGUCUGAUGAUUUAGGAGGCACUGACCUUCGAGGAUGUGGCUGUGAACUUCACCCAGGAGGAGUGGGCUUUGCUGGAUCCAUCCCAAAAGAAGCUCUACAGAGAUGUGAUGUGGGAAACCUUUAGGAACCUGGCUGCCAUAGGAAGACAUUCAGAUGACCAGCACAUUGAAGAUGAGUACAACACUUGCAGGAAAAGUCUAAGAAGUUUAGAGGGAGAGAAAUCCUGUCAAUAUAAAUUACGGUACCAACGUGGAGAAAUGGUUGUUUGGACUCCAGAUACAAAUGCGCACGUGAAACUCGGUGUAAAUCAGGGUGAGAGCCUUUCCUGUAGAAGGCACGUGAGUGGUUAUUCAUCAGCAGAUGGGCCCGUCAUAGCUAACCCUGGACUCAAACCUUACGGGCAGACCGUAUUUCAGGAGAAGCUGUCCAACUGUAACACACAUGGGAAAACCUGCACAAAACUCCCAUGUUUUCCAAAACAUGCAAAGACAAGUCUUGGGGAAAAACCCCAUGAACAUAUGCUACGUGGAAAAUCCUUCUCUGAUUGUACCAUUGAAGAGAAGCCGUUUAGAUAUAAGCAAGAUGUGAAAUCAUCCAUUACAUCCAAGGAUGUUCAGAUCAGGGAAGGAGGUCACAGUGAAGUGAAUACGUAUAGAUGUCUAUCACACGGAGAGAGCUUGAAGUCUCACCUUGAUCUUCAGACACAUGGAAAAGGUCACAAUGGAGAAAAAACCUGUCCAGGUAAACCCUGUGAAAACUUAUUUACUAACAAGGAUUCAUUUGAUAAUCAUGAAACAACUCACAUUGGGGAGAAACCCUAUGUAUGUAAGCAGUGUGGGAAAGCUUUUAGCUCGCGUGCUUAUUGUCAAACGCAUGAACGGACUCACACUGGAGAGAAACCCUAUGUAUGUAAGAAAUGUGGGAAAGCUUUCAGCACACAUGCUUAUUGUCAAACCCAUGAACAGAGGCACUAUAAGGAGAAACCCUAUAUAUGUAAGCAGUGUGGGAAAGCUUUCAGCACUCGUGGUGUUUGUCAAAGACAUGAACGGACUCACACUGGGGAGAAACCCUAUGUAUGUAAGCAGUGUGGGAAAGCUUUCAGCACACAUGUGAAUUGUCAAACACAUGAACAGACUCACACUGGGGAGAAGCCCUACAUAUGUAAGCAUUGUGGGAAAGCUUUCACCACACAUGCUCACUGUUACUCACAUGAACGGAUUCACACUGGGGUGAAACCCUAUGUAUGUAAGCACUGUGGGAAAGCUUUUAGCACAGGUAGAGAUUGUCAAAGACACGAACGGACUCACACUGGGGAUAAGCCCUAUGUAUGUAAGCAUUGUGGGAAAGCUUUCAGCACUCAUGGUGUUUGUCAAACGCAUUUACGAACUCACACUGGGGAAAAACCGUAUGUAUGUAAGCAAUGUGGGAAAGCUUUCAGCACAGUUGGAGAUUGUCAAAGACAUGAAAGGACCCACACUGGAGAGAAACCUUAUGUAUGUAAGCGCUGUGGGAAAGCUUUUAGUAGACACGGUAGUUGUCAAAGACAUGAAUGGACUCACGAUGGGGAGAAGCCCUAUGUAUGUAUGCAAUGUGGGAAAGUUUUCAGUACACAGGCUCAUUGUCUAAGACACGAACAGACUCACACUGGGGAGAAACCCUAUGUAUGUAAGCACUGUGGGAAAGCAUUUAGCACACAGAGUUAUUGUCAAACACAUGAACGGAUUCACAGUGGAGAGAAACCCUAUAUUUGUAAGCAAUGUGGGAAAGCUUUUAGCACACGUGCUCAUUGUCAGAGACAUGAAUGGAGGCACACUGGGGAAAAACCCUAUGUAUGUAAGCAGUGUGGGAAAGCGUUCAGCACACAUGCUCACUGUCAAAGACAUGAACGGAUUCACACUGGGGAGAAACCCUAUGUAUGUAAGCAGUGUGGGAAAGCUUUCAGCACAGCUGGAGAUUGUAAAAGACACGAGCAGACUCAUGCUGGAGAGAAACCCUAUGUAUGUAAGCAAUGUGGGAAAGCUUUCAGAACACAGGCUUACUGUCAAACACAUGAAAGGACUCACAUUGCAGAGAAACCGUAUGUAUGUAAGCACUGUGGGAAAGCUUUCAGAACACAGAGUUAUUGUCAAACACAUGAAUGGACUCACACUGGAGAGAAACCCUAUGUAUGCAAGCAAUGUGGGAAAGCUUUCAGCACAUAUAGUUAUUGUCAAACACAUGAACGAACUCACAGUGGAGAGAAACCCUAUGUAUGUAAGUAUUGUGGGAAAGCUUUUAGCAUGCAUGGCUCUUGUCAAAUACAUGAACGGAUUCACACUGGGGAGAAACCCUAUGUAUGUAAGCAGUGUGGGAAAGCUUUCAGCACAAACAAAGAUUGUCAAAUCCAUGUACGGAUUCACACUGGGGAGAAACCCUAUGUAUGUAAGCAAUGUGGGAAAGCUUUCAGCAGACGAAACAAUUGUCAACGACAUGAAAGAAGUCAUACCUUGCAGAAAUCCCAUGUAUAUAAACUGAGUGGCAGGGCAUUUAGCACACACAGUUAUUGUCAAAUGCAUGAACAGACUCACACUGGGGAGCAGUGUGGGAGAGCUUUCAGCACACAGAAAUUGUCAAACACAAGGCUGGGGAUUUAGCUUAGUGUUUCCACCGCCUGCUUCGCAAGCGCAAGGUCCUGAGUUCAAU